AUGAUGUCAAUGAACAGCAAGCAACCACAUUUCGCCAUGCAUCCGACCUUACCUGAGCACAAGUACACCUCUCUGCAUUCCAGCUCAGAAGCAAUAAGGAGAGCUUGCCUGCAAACUCCACAGUUGCAGAACAACAUCUUCGCUACUCUAGAUGAAACUCUCCUGGCGCGUGCGGAAGCUCUUGCGGCCGUGGAUAUCGCCGUAUCCCAGGGCAAGACCCAUCCGUUCAAGCCCGAUGCGACCUACCACACGAUGAACACCGUGCCGUGCUCCUCCAACGCCACGGUGCCACUCGCCCAUCAUCACCAUAAUCACCAUCACCACCAGAACAUUGAACCCCCGGACAUUAUGGACCAUAUCAGUUCGUCGUCCUUAACCCUGAUGACCAGCGGGCACGACGGGUCGGGAGGCGGUGGAGGAGGCGCUGGAGGGUUGAUUUCUACCUCUUCUCACCCUCACUCGCACAUGCAUAGCUUGAGCCAUAUCUCCCACCAGGCUGCUAUGAAUAUGAAUUCACCUCUAACUCACCACGGGCUUUUACCUGGUCACCACGGAUGUACGCAGGGCGCCAACGGACUUACUAAUAACGGACUUACAACUGUUAACGAUACGGAUACAGAUCCAAGGGAGCUAGAGGCAUUUGCAGAGCGGUUCAAGCAAAGGAGAAUUAAGCUCGGAGUGACCCAAGCGGACGUUGGUUCCGCGCUCGCGAAUCUAAAAAUUCCCGGAGUGGGCUCUCUAAGCCAAAGUACAAUAUGUCGGUUCGAAUCGUUAACUCUUUCACACAACAACAUGAUAGCACUGAAACCGAUCCUUCAGGCGUGGUUGGAAGAGGCCGAGGGGGCCCAAAGAGAAAAAAUGAGCAAACCUGACAUUUUGAACGGGGGUGAAAAAAAACGCAAGAGGACGUCGAUAGCUGCCCCGGAAAAGAGGUCCUUGGAAGCUUACUUUGCUGUUCAACCUCGACCGUCAUCAGAGAAGAUUGCAGCUAUAGCAGAAAAACUGGAGCUCAAAAAGAACGUGGUGCGCGUAUGGUUUUGCAACCAAAGACAAAAACAGAAGCGGUUGAAAUUUUCUGCAACACAUUAA